UCGUGGGCUGAUAUAUUAACUCAUUUCAAAACUUCUCCCUUCUUUCCUCCAUAGGUCCGAUCCCUUCUCAAUUCGCUGUCCUAAUGGCUUCUUCCAAUUCCUCAGUGACCGCUCUCGGCGGUUUCCAUCCAAUCCCGGACGUGAAGAACAACAAGCAUGUACAGGAGCUGGGUAAGUUUGCGGUGGCUGAAUUCAACAAGAAGCACCAUGAAGCAGCAGCCCUUGUGUUCGUAGAGGUGGUGGAGGCUCAGAGCCAGGUGGUGGCCGGAACCAACUACAGACUGCUUAUCAAGGCCCUGAAAGCAGGGUAUGUCAGGCACUACACGGCUCUUGUGUAUGAGAAGCCAUGGGAGGACGUCAAGACCUUGACAUCGUUUGAAUCAGUUUUCCCCUGAUUAAGCAGUGCUUGCUUGCUGCUGCCAUCUCCUGUGUUGACCCUCUCCAUUCAUUCCGUUCAUAGCUCAUGAUAAAGUUCUAUGGAACUCUCCUAGAACCCCAUGGUCUCUCCGUCGUUGCAUGUUUCUCUGUUCGUCUAAGUUCUGUUUCUAGUCACAAUCCAUUCUUUGAUGUUCAUGUAAUACAGCCGUUUGGCAUUGUUUAAUCGAUGUCCUGAAAGUGUUGUUUGUAGUUGUUCAAAUUAAUUAAAUUCUAUUG